AUGGAUAAGCAGGCGGGAGCGUUGGCUUUAGGUGAAUUGAUGGGUGCCGCCGUAUGUACCAUUUCAGUGGUCUGUGGCUCAAUUAUGGUAUUCCAUUCGUUCUCUGUACCACCCUUUGUGUUCCUACGUGAUGUAGGAACAUAUGCCUUGGCUGUGGCCAUGGUCCUCUAUUUCCUUUUGGAUCAUGCACUGGGCUUUGUCGAAGGUUUGUGCAUGUUAGCUUUAUACGUUACCUACAUUGGUAUCGUGUUGAUUCAUGAUUGGUACUGGCCUACUAAUGUGCCACAUACCGAUGUGGAUGAAGCAGCGCCCUUGCUUCCUAGCCCGUGGUCCAUGUCACCUACACCUUCGGAAAUGGAAGCUCCCUCUACACCGCAAAUUGCCCGACACUCCCUCUUGUCGGCUGUACAUGCUUUGUUGCCUACCGUGUCGGUGCAUAAGCCUUCGUUCUGCAUCAAUACGCAGUCCCCAUUGGCACCGCCAUCAGACAGCCCUCUUCCUUUAGGAGGGGGAGAGACUACACUGCCCAAGAUUACUGUGGAGCGACCUUCGCUGGCCACCUUGCAUGAUACCCUUGCACCAUUGGACCAACCGCGACAGCCUCUCACAGCACCUCGUGUCUUAUCUGUGGCUCUUUUCCCCUCAAUGCUGCAAUGGUCGACAAAAUCUCUCUCCAAUCGCAUUGUCAGUGUAUUAUAUGUGCCAGCUUUAUUCCUCCUUCGCCUGACUGUCCCGUUGAUCAGUGCGGAUGAGUAUUACUUGCAUCAGGCCAUUUGCAAGCUCAAUGCUGUGCAGCAACAAUCCGAAGAGGACGCACUGUGGAAGAGUAUCCAAGAAGAAGCUGCCGCCGUUCUUCAAACGCCUGGUCCUAUUGUACAUACACAUGAACGUGUGGCGGCCGAUCACUGGCUACAGAGUGUACAGUGCUGCCUUGUCCCUACUUUUAUUUGCUGGAUGAGUGAUGUGCCUACGACACCCCUCGCCCUCGUGGCAUGCGUAGGGGCCGUUUUUGGUGGCCAAUUGUGGCGCACAUACCGUGCACGGAGCGACCGUGACGAGCCGGAGCAUCUUCAACGUCACUUGCUUCUGCGCAGUGUGACUGGUUUUGUGGUCGGGCUGCUGUGGAUUGUGUGGACCGUGGACCACCUACUUGCGCUCCUACGCUCCUUUGGCUACAUCUUCCAUUGGAGUGAGGCGAUUCUGGGCCUUACGGUCUUUGCGCUGGGUAAUUCGUUGGGCGAUGUGGUGACCAAUCUUUCCAUUGCCAGAUUGGGUCACCCCCUUAUGGCCUUGACGGCAUGCUUUGCUAGCCCUCUUACCAAUCUCUUGCUGGGUAUCGGAUUUAGUGCUACAUGGCUGUCGCUCAUACACCCUUCCCUGGGGCCCUACGACAUUAAGCUCACACCAGGGCUUAUUGUCAGCUGCACCGCCUUGCUGGGUAUGCUGGUGACCAUGCUUCUAGUCAUCCCAUUCAAUCAGUUUCAGGUAAGCAAGAGGCUUGGCUUGGUACAAUGGGCCACAUAUGUGGGUGUGAUGCUCACCAAUAUUGGCCUAGAGAUCCACUAA